AACUAUAAUAUGGAGAGAAUUUGUCCCCAAAAAAAAAAAAAAACUAUAAUAUGGAGAGUUGUGAAUUUUCUAUGAAAAUGCAUUUAUUGUGGGCAUUAGUUUGAAUAAAAGAAAACAGAACAUUGUUUUGCUUUCAGUUAAUGUAAAAAAAUAAGGACAUCAAGAAAAAACUUGGGAAACAAAACGAUCGAGCUUACAUUAGAACAUGUAGAUGAAAAAACUCCAUUUAGAAGCAAACUAGCUAGCUAGCUAGAGUCUGUUUACAAACUUAUGAUCUUUAGCAUAGUCUACAAAGGUGUGAACUCUAUCUAGUAGGAUUCUCAAACGCUUCAAAGCCUUGAACUCUGACUCUUUCAAGAGUUUUUCUUUCGGGAUUGAAGUAGAAUAGAAAGAAACGUUUAGAUGUAUAGUUCGUGGACAAAAUAAUUUCCCCAGUAGCAGUCACUCCGACCACGGAAACACCUCCCUCAACGACUAUAUCCAAGGGAAAGGUGUAUAUAUACCUUUCAACGACCACUCUUAUUUCUGGUCAUCCUCUAGAAUCCACACAAACACAAAUCAAGAUUACACCUAGCUAGGCCUUAUGUUAUCAUUAUAAACGUAAUUAUAAGUAUACCAGGACCAACUAAUAACGCCUAGUUUACCCUUGUUAUUUAUCAGUUUAGUAGGCGAAGAUGAAACUAAUAACUUCCUGUAGCUGAUAAUAUAAUCUAUUUAAUUAAUCAUAUCUCCUGUUUUAUUAAUGUUUUCUAUAGCAAUUUAUAUUAUAAUUGUUGAAUAUUUGUAUUAAAACACUAAGAUAUAGUUAUAUCUAGAAGACUUAGAAGUAUAAUAUACAUUCAUUGUCAAGUAUAGUAAAAGCUCAUUUUGUCUCGAGACUUCAGUAGUAGUAAUGGAGAGCAAGCACAUCCGCAAGCUUCUCCAACUAUACCAAGCUUGUGGUGGAAACCAAGAACUCAUAACAACAGUCCAGAACGCCACAUCAUCACCAUUGAUGUCACCACCACCACCACAGCCACUUUCGGCAUUAGACUCCACCAUGACUCUCACCAUCUUUAUCCUCUUGAUAGCUCUCUUCUUCAUGGGUUUCUUCUCGGUCUACCUCCGCCACUUCGUCGACGAUGUUUCAACGGCUGAGAUUUCUUCCAUACCUAGAAGAGGAGCCUCCACGAUGUCGCCAGGUCGCUCUUUCACCUCCUUCGUCCCUUCUCAGCCGUUUACGUCCCGAAGAGGACUUGAUUCUCAGGCCGUUAGAUCUCUGCCGGUGUACCCUUACACGAAAGUAUCAAAGCAGAGGAUUCAAGAUUGCGUUAUCUGUUUGAGCGAGUUCGAACAAGGUGAAACGGUUAAAGUGAUACCACACUGCGGUCACUUGUUCCACGUGGAAUGCAUUGACACGUGGCUGAGCACACAUGUAACAUGCCCUUUCUGCCGGAGCAGCCAGCUGUUCUCGGAUAAGGACUUGGAGAUGCAAGCACCGUCGCCUAGCUCGGAAGGGAACAGCCGCAGAUCAACGACAGAAGAACACGACACGUGUACGGGUGUUGGUCCUUGUCUGAGGAGAUGUAGUAGCUGGUCGAGUUUGGGGCAGAGGCCUGAAUUUGAACGGUCGUUGAGUCUCUGACACGCGUAAGUUGAU